AUGGCACCUACCAAAGACGUGUAUAACCCACUCUUGUUUGAAAUUGCUUGGGAAGUGGCAAAUAAAGUCGGUGGUAUCUACACUGUGAUAAAGACAAAGGUACCAGUAACCGUACGUGAAUUUGGUGAAAGAUACUGUUUGAUCGGACCACUUUCCUACAAGACGGCACCUAUGGAGGUAGAAGCUCUCGAACCUCCUACAGAAAUAAUCAAAGAAGCUUUGGACGCAUUAUCUUCUCAAGGAGUAAAGUACUUGUUUGGCCGAUGGUUAGUCGAAGGAGCACCUUAUGUCUUACUGUUUGAUACUGGAAGUGUCAAUCAUAAACUGGAUGAAUGGAAAGGCGAUAUCUGGCGUGUUGCAGGAAUUCCUUCUCCUCCAAAUGAUCAAGAAACCAACGAAGCGAUCUUGUUUGGUUAUGUUGUCGCUUGGUUUUUGGAAGAAAUCACAAAGCGAUACAACCAGCAACCUUCUUCCCCAAAAUCACUAAACCCUGCUAUCAUUGCUCAUUUCCAUGAAUGGCUAGCUGGUGUAGCAAUACCGCUGAUCAAAAAACGUAAAAUAGACGUAACAACUGUAUUUACUACACACGCUACCUUGCUCGGUCGUUACUUGUGUGCUGGUUCUGUGGAUUUCUAUAAUAACCUUCGCAAUUUUGAUGUUGAUCAAGAAGCCGGAAAACGAGGCAUCUAUCACCGCUACUGUAUCGAAAGAGGCGCUGCUCAUUGUUCUGAUGUCUUCACCACAGUCUCGCAUAUUACUGCCUAUGAAAGUGAGCAUCUUUUGAAACGAAAGCCAGAUGGUGUAUUGCCUAACGGUCUGAACGUAGUCAAGUUCCAAGCUGUUCAUGAGUUUCAGAACAAACAUGCUCUUAAUAAGGAAAAGAUCAAUGAUUUCGUUCGUGGUCACUUUUAUGGACACUAUGAUUUUGAUUUGGACAAUACGGUUUACUUUUUCACAGCUGGCCGGUAUGAAUAUCGUAAUAAGGGUGUAGAUAUGUUUGUAGAGGCUCUUGGUCGAUUAAAUGACCGCUUGAGGGCAGCUAAUUCAAAGACAACUGUUGUUGCCUUCAUUGUCAUGCCUGCUGCCACUCGAUCAUUCAAUGUUGAAGCAUUGAAAGGUCAGGCAGUAACAAAGCAAUUGAGAGAAACCGUCAACGAAAUCCAGCAACGUAUUGGCAAGCGAAUCUAUGAAAGUGCACUGAGAGGAGGCGAAAACGUGGACCCCACUCAUUUCCUUUCAAACGAGGACAAGAUUCUCUUGAAGCGUCGAGUGUUUGCAUUAAAAAACCAAACAUUACCUCCUAUUGUUACUCAUAACAUGGUAGACGAUGGUACUGACCCAAUCAUCAACCAACUGAGACGGCUACAGUUGUAUAACAAGUCUGACGACCGCGUUAAGGUGAUCUUCCAUCCUGAAUUUCUGAAUGCCAACAACCCCUUACUAAGUCUUGACUAUGAAGACUUUGUUCGUGGUUGUCACUUGGGUGUCUUUCCUUCGUAUUAUGAACCUUGGGGAUACACGCCUGCCGAAUGUACUGUUAUGGGUGUUCCUUCUAUUACAACAAACCUCUCUGGAUUCGGAUGUUUCAUGGAUGAAAAUAUCGAAAACUGUGAAGACUACGGUAUCUAUAUUGUGGAUCGACGUCUCAAAUCUGUGGAAGAGUCUAUACAGCAACUCUCUGAGCAAAUGUUUAGGUUUUGUCAAAAGACGCGUCGCCAACGUAUCAAUCAGCGUAACCGUACAGAACGUCUAUCUGAUCUGCUCGAUUGGAAGCGUAUGGGCUUGGAGUAUAUCAAGGCACGUCAAUUGGCUUUGCGAAGAGUCUAUCCUGACUCAUUUGUGGAUGAUGAGGAAGAGGAAAUGACAACUACACCUGUUAAGAUUCCAAAGCCGCUGUCAGCACCUGCUAGUCCACGUAUGCGCAAUGCCGUUGGGUACUUUGACAAUCAGGAUGAAGAGGAAGAAGAUGAAAGCUUGAUACCUUUGCCUCGUAAACAAUUUCCUGCAUUAAGAAAGGACGGACAAAGCACCUCCCGUGAAGAAGAACUACUAAGAGAAGGUGAUAUUAAAACAUUGAACAAACUCACACUUGAAGACAAGAAAAAGCAUUAA